AUGGAGGAUUCGUCCACACCCAUGCUCCUCCUCACUUUCACUUACCUCUGUCUUUCUCUCUCGGCCAACACCACCACCGCAGAUGAAGCCGCCUUCAUGACCAAGCUGGCCGCUGCCCUCUCCCCAACCCCGUCUGGCUGGUCCGGCACCAACCACUGCAAAUGGUCCGGAGUCAAGUGCGACGCCAUCGGCCAAGUCAUCUCCAUCAAUCUUGCUUCCAGGUCGCUUUCGGGCAUGUUGCCUUCUGACAUAAAUCAGCUUCCCCAGCUGCAGGCACUGUCUCUCCAAAAGAAUCAGCUCUCGGGCCCCCUACCAUCUCUCUCAAACCUCACGUCUCUCCAGAGCGUCUUUCUCGAUAACAACAACUUCUCUUCCGUUCCGCCUGAGUUCCUCCUAGGCCUCAACAGCUUACAAACGUUUAGCAUCAGCGUGAACCCUAGCCUGCAGCCCUGGAGAAUCCCAGAACAUCUUUCUGAGUCCACAAGCCUGGCCUCCUUGUUGGCAAGCAAUGCUAAUAUUUUUGGUACAAUUCCAGACAUAUUUGGAUCAUUCCCCAAUUUACAAUCCGUGAGGCUUUCUUACAACAAUCUUACCGGCCCUCUGCCGCCUUCGUUUGGUGGCUCUGGGAUCCAGAACUUGUGGCUCAAUAAUCAAAAAGUAGGGCUUUCGGGCAGGCUCGAUGUGCUUGGAGCAAUGGUGCAGCUGUCACAGGCUUGGCUCCAUGCUAACGCCUUUUCGGGUCCCAUCCCUGAUCUUUCCAACAGCAGUGCCAUUUUUGAUCUACAACUUCGCGAUAAUCAGCUCACGGGUGUUCUUCUUCCUUCAUUAUUUUCCCAUCCUAGGCUCGUUAAUAUAUCUUUGCAGAACAAUAAGUUGCAAGGGCCAUAUCCUAAUUUUUCCAAAACCGUGGAGGUUACAUUAGGAUCGACCAACAACUUUUGUAACCCACAACCAGGUCCAUGCGAUCCUCAGGUCACUGCACUGCUUGAGGUGGCCAAAGCCUUGGGAUACCCGAUGAUAUUGGCUCAAUCUUGGGAAGGAAAUGAUGCUUGUAAGGGAUGGAGUUUUAUUUCAUGUGAUGCGCAAGGAAAAAAUGUGACUAUAGUUAAUUUUGGGAAGCAAGAGUGGAGUGGGUCGAUUUCACCUGCCUUUGCCAAUCUUACCUCACUGAGGAAUUUGCUUUUAAAUGACAAUGACCUCAGUGGUACAUUGCCAGCUAGCUUGACAAGCCUUAAAGAGCUUCGCAUUUUGGACAUCUCCAAUAAUAACCUUUCUGGGAGUUUACCACAUUUUCCAUCAGCAGUUUCUGUCAAAGCCCAAGGUAAUAACCUUCUUGGCACCAAUUCAACCUCUGCAGGUGACGGAGGGGCGUCGGGAUCAGGAAGUCCUGCUUCUAAUUCAGAUUCUACACCAACUACAACCCCAUCCAAAGCCACAAGCUCUUCUUCCUCUCCGGGGUUCCUUGUUAGUGUUAUUGUUGGUUCCGCUGUUUUCAUGGGCAUUGUGUCAUUAGUAAUUUAUGGUCUGUAUGCCAAAAGACGCCAUAGGAAAUUAGUAAUGUCGAAAAGAUCGCUGAAGGGGAAGGGAAGUGUAAGGAGUUUGAUAACGGGUAAAGCGAAUGGCAAUGGUACAAGUGGAUCUGAUUCGGACAAUCAAAGCAGUUCUAGCGGCGAUAUGCAUGUUUAUGAUGGUGGCAAUGUUGCUAUUCCAAUAGAGGUUCUACGGCAAGUGACAAACAAUUUCGAUGAAGCCAACAUCUUGGGUAAGGGAGGAUUUGGGGUUGUCUACAGAGGGGAACUCCACGAUGGGACACAAAUAGCGGUGAAAAGGAUGGAAUCUGCCAUUGUGGGCACAAAGGGGCUGAGCGAGUUUCAGGCGGAAAUCGGGGUUCUCACAAAAGUUAGGCACAGGCAUUUAGUUGCACUACUUGGUUUUUGCAUCAAUGGCAAUGAGAGGCUGCUGGUCUAUGAGUAUAUGCCGCAAGGGACUUUAGGGCAGCACUUGUUUGAAUACAAUGAGACCGGGUUCUCUCCUCUUACUUGGAAGCAAAGGAUUACAAUUGCGUUGGACGUGGCCAAAGGGAUGGAAUAUUUGCACAGCUUGGCACAGCAGAGUUUUAUUCACCGCGAUUUGAAACCAUCUAAUAUCCUUCUUGGAACUGACAUGAGAGCCAAGGUUUCUGAUUUUGGUUUGGUUAAGAAUGCGCCUGAUGGGAAGUACUCGGUCGAGACACGGUUGGCUGGGACAUUUGGAUACCUUGCACCUGAAUAUGCUGCUACGGGAAGAGUGACGAUAAAGGUGGAUGUUUUUGCAUUUGGGGUGGUCUUGAUGGAGAUGAUCACGGGUAGAAAGUCACUAGAUGAAGCCUUGCCAGAGGAGAAGUCACAUCUGGUUAGUUGGUUCCGGAGAGUCCUCCCUAACCCAGACAACAUCAGAGAUGCCUUGGAUCCCUCCCUACACCCUGAUGAAGAAACCUUUAGAAGCAUCUGCGAAGUAGCAGAACUAGCAGGACACUGCACAGCUCGUGAGCCACACCAGAGACCAGACAUGAGCCAUGCAGUUAAUGUUUUAUCGCACCUUUUAGACGAAUGGAAACCUUCAGCUGAUGAUGAAGAAAAUGAUAACUUUGGCAUUGAUGACUUCAACUUGAGCCUUCCUCAAGCCUUGGAGAGAUGGCAAGCUAAUGAAGGGACUUCCAGUAUGACCCUUAAUCUCUACAACAGUGGAGCACAGAGCAUAUCAAAAAAGCGAUCAGCGUCUCAUUCAUUGGAUCAGCAAUGACUAGAAUGAGCUUUACAAAUGCUUAUAUAACCAUUCAUUUACCUGGGUUUUCUCCUGUUCUUCUAUUUGUUUUAGUUUUUGUACUCAUAGACCAUUGAU